AUGAACACAUUUUCACACUUUACGCACGAUCAUAUUCAUUUGAAACGAUUACACUGCUUCAGUUCCAUUUCAAUCGCCCAUCUGGCACAAAGUCUUUUCUCCCUCAGUUUGAAAAAGUUUCCCUUUUGCACCAGCAAAAUAUUCCACUGUCAAAAAACUCAAUCUCCGCGAAAAAAAACAGAUUGUCGUUUCCUUCAAUCCAUUAAAGAACAGCCCAGAAAAAUGUCUCAACACGUCGUGGUUACAAGAACAUCUACAACACCCAAUUCCUCAUCAACUAUAAUCGCUGUCGCUCAUUAUUUAAUGGUAGUACAAUUGGUUCUCGGACUCUUUGUGUUGGGGAUCUUUUGGUACUUCACCAACCAAUACAAACUCGAAGCCCUCGUUACCCCAACAAGAUUGCUCUUUUUCGCAAUUCCUGUAGCUUUUGCUAUAGGAAACUUCUGCUUCUUGUUCGCCAGCUUUCUCUCGUUCAACUCUGGUGGAGUGAUUUUUCAAACAACUCAUGACUUGAUUUAUCACACCGUAGCUUUGGUGUCUUAUUUAUCUAUCACUAUUGCCUUUUUUGUGGAAGUUUUGCGCACUAUUAGAUCCUCAGAUCCAAUCUACAAUGGAUAUUUGACGAGCUCCAUUAUUGGAAUCAUAGUUUCUGGUCUAUAUUUCAUCUCUACGUUUUUAACGUUCAAAUUCUGCCGUAAUUUCUAAGUGUAUUUGAAAAACAUGUAAGAAAACAUAAUCAUCAAUGUAAUAUUUGAGUGUUCAAUAAAGGAAUUAAUCGCGUAAGAUUCACAUCUCACUGUA